AUGAAUGAAUUACUAGAUGAUUUAGUGAGAUCAAAAAGAGAACGUUAUGUUCACGAUGUCAACGACGAAUUAAAAUUUUACCAAGGCCAUCUACCUAAAGAUGAUUUUGACUCUGAGAAACAUCUGCGGUCACCUACACUUAAUUCAGUAACUUCAGAAAGGAAUCGCGAAAAAUAUGCAUAUGUCGACAUCAACGUUGUUCCAAAACCGACCGCUGUGGUAAAGCUCAGAAAUGCUAAACAGGAAAGUAAGAUAAGGAAGUUUUUCAAACGAAUACGCUCGCACUUUCGCAAAAAAGACCGCAAGAAGGAAAAAUCAUCAAAAAUUCAGAAACGAUCCACUCGCCGCGUUCGCAGCUUGAACCCCUUGAAGAAACUUAAGAAGAUGUUCAAUGCACGAAUCGAAAUAAAAGAUGAACGGAUCAAAGAGUUGGUAAGGGUGGUCGAAGCGGUCGCUAACUAUACCCGACCCAACGUUCUGAUACACAUCGACCUGCCAACGUACUAUCGACCCGAUAGGAACGUAACUGAUCCGACUCCGUUACCCGGCCCGGCAAAGUCCAUUUGGAACGAUUUCAUUCUGAAAUACGUGUCGGGCAUCGCUCUUAUCGAGCUGCUCACAAAGUUCGGAGUAAUAAAAGCCGUCGAAGCGAACCUUACGGAUGGCACGGACAGGGAUGUUAAUGCUUAUGGAGUUUUUAGUGGAGCUGCUGAACCGCGCACUGGAAUGGACUUGAUGCCUAUCGAUAGUAUCGCGCGAUUCGUGCGUUCACCGAAAGAAACUAUCGCUAACCAAGGGCUGCAUUUAGACGACACAGAAAGGGAACCGUCUAAAAAUUCAUUGGAGGAAAAUGGCCCGAUAAAAUCUACAGAAAAACUCACUCCGCAGACUCGACACCGCCAGCAUAUGGCCAUUAUAACAAAAAUUUAUACGAACGCUAUUAUUAACAAGAUCAAGGGAACUCCUUUACGGACUAAGAUGCUACCUCUAAAUACAAUCGCUGCAGUGCAACUGUCGGAAACUAAAAAGAAGAGUUUUCCAAACGCCAAACCCGGCAACGCACACAUUGGCCCCCACACUACUUCUAUUCAGAAAGUAUCUUCUAAAACUAAAACAAAUGAACUAGAGCCUUGUAAGACUAACAACAAAGGUCAGAAGCAAACAGCGAAAGGCGCCCACAACACUACAGAAAAACCGAAAAUAAAAAAAGAAAAUGAAACCUCUUGCGUUCCCAACGUUACUGAGACGGCGGAUCACCCGAAUAAAACCGAAGGUGUUUAUAAAAACAACACAGAAGAUGCAGAGCCUUGUCAGACUAACAACAACGGUCAGAAGCAAACAGCGAAGGGCGCUCACAACGCUACGGAAAAAUCGAAAAUAAAAAACGAAAAUGAAACCUCUUGCGCCCCCAACGUUAAUGAGACGGUUGAUCACUCGAAUAAAACCGAAGAGGCCGAUGAGCCAGUUGGGCUGACGUCCAUGUGCGACAUCAACGCGACCAUGAGACACGUGCAGGAAGUGUACAACAAAAUGAACAGAAGCGAGUUCGGUACGUACGUGAAGAACAUCACGUGCGUCAAGUACAAGAGCGCACCGACGCUGUUCGAGAUCAGCGCGAAUUCGAAGAACGGGAAGAAGCCGAAGCAUCGCGGGAAGAGCGGCGGCCAGAGGGACGCCGCUAAAUCCAGAUACAGCAAGUGGAACUGGAUACGUGGCAAGAGGGCGUCGGGGCCCGUGAACGAGUUUGCCAAUGAAGAGGAUCGGACCGAGGUGGAUUAUGACUACGCCGGUGAUGACGCCGGUGAUGACGCCGGUGAUAACGCCGGCGAUGAUGAUUCGGUAGUACAAAAUGUACCGGGGAGCGUGCAGUACGCCUUCGGACGAGACAGGGAGGACUAUGACAGACUGUACUUGGGCGGUGAUGGCAUAUACCGCAUCAAGGAGAGCGAACGGAAGAGGCGAGCUGUCGACAUGACCAGUGUCGUGAACAGCUUGAGGAACUUGCCCCCGCUGCGGCAAUUGGUUGAUAACGAAGACUUCAUGAAGCCCACGGUGGUGAUCACGCCAUCACCGCCAUUGCUGGUGAACUGCGGCGUAGAAUGCCAAAGGGACUUGACGUGCUCCUUGGCUCUGCUCUGGGCCAAGAAUGUUCCGGCCUUGGGUAACGUGAAAGAUUCUCAAGAGACAAAACUCGGUGUUUGGAAGGAGAGAAAUGGACCUCCCCCUUUGCCUCCAAUCGACUUUGAUUAUUGG